AUGGAGGAGGAAAGAUUGGUCGAACUCGAAUGUGUAGCUUCUAUAUUUCCAGAAAUUCAAUUAGAUCCGGAGAAUCCUUACAGUCUCACUUUAGAUUUGCCUGUUCAUCCAGUCAAGAGUAUCAAUACUAUCAUCACUUCAUGCGGGAGAAAAGAUUCCAGGGGUAUUAACUCAGAUAUUUCUAACGAGCAGAAGCCACUAGCUGUGUCAGCUCCAGUCGAACAAUUCAAACUUUCACAUCUGCCAUCACUUCGAAUUCAAAUUAUCUUACCUGAAGAAUAUCCGGAAAAAGCGCCACCAGAAGUCAAGCUAUCUAUGAGCAUACAAUGGCUCACAAAUAUAGAAAUAAAUGAUCUCAGAAAAAGCGCACAAAAAAUUUGGUCGCAAUACCAUGGUGUAAACGUCGUCUAUGAUAUCAUUGAUUCGUUGCAGCAAUUGGCUGACAACGCUUUUGGAUAUGCGCAAGAAGACAAAACAUUACAAGUCCAUGAGGAGAUGCGGAUACCACUUCUUGAUUUUAACAUAACGGAGAUACAGAAAACUUUUGGGCGAGCAACCCACUUCUGCGAUAUUUGUCUUGAUGCAGUUAAAGGAAGUCAAUGUCAUCAGAUGAUUGAUUGCGGCGACGUUUUCUGUAUCAAAUGUCUGCAGGAUUUUUACCAGAACGCCAUCAAAAUGGGUGAUGUUUUGUCUAUUCAAUGCCUUGCCCCAGACUGUGCUCUUAAAAAAAAGGGAUUUCUCCUCGCUUCUCAGAAACAGAAAAGGCUCAAAACACUUAGCCCCAGCGAACUAUUGCAGAUUCCCAUUGAUAAAAACUUAGUAGGUCGUUACGUAAAGCUUAAGCACAAAAUAAGGCUAGAAUCCGAUAAAAGCACAAUAUACUGUCCGAGAAAAUGGUGCCAGGGAGCUGCAAUAUCAAAAAAGUACCGGAAGCCGAACGAGACUGACUUUGAAAGUGACGAUGAUUAUAUCUCUGAAGAUAGUGCACCGUCAAUAUCUUCCACUUCUGGAGAUCUGCUAGCCAUAUGUGAAGACUGUGCGUUUGCUUUUUGUCGUCGAUGCUCGCAGGGCUGGCACGGCGAGCUCAUUAAAUGUACGCCAAAGAUUAUCUCUGGAGAAUUAUCUGAAGAAGAUAAGGCUUCUCUUGAAUAUCUCAAGCUACACACAACACCAUGCCCAACGUGUGCAGCGCCAUCACAGAAAACACAUGGCUGUAAUCAUAUGGUUUGCUUCAAGUGCAAUACACAUUUUUGCUACCUAUGUUCCGCGUGGCUAUUACCAGAAAAUCCAUAUAAACAUUACAAUUCAGAGGCAACGGGCUGCUAUAUGCGUUUAUGGGAGCUAGAGAUGGGCGACGGAGAUGACGUAGGUAUUGAGUUCAUUGGCGGAAGAAAUUUGCAUGAAAACAACAUGAUGGAUAUGCCGCAGCUUGAAGCAGAGCGCGCACAAAUAGCCUAUCCAGCAGUUGAAGUAGCCCAAAAUAAUCCUGAAGUUACUAUGCCACCUGGCCCCAUGAUGCAGACUGAGGUUGAAAUGGAAGCCCCCCUUGUAUUGAGGAUCAAUCGCAUUCCAGUUCCUGCUCAACCAUUGACUGUAAAUAUAGAGUCGGCGCAGCCACAACCUCCUCAUCAGAAUCGUAGACCCGAAAAUCAACGUAGACGAGGCCUACGCCAAGAUAUUCACUCCAACGUGCAAAAUAACACUGGUACGAAUCAGGGUGGAGUAGAUCCACUUCAAAAUGUUCCUCCAUUCCCAAAUCAAGCCGUUCGGAACCCAGCUGCACAAGACGAAGCACGCCAGAGAUGGAUUCAGAUGUUUGUAGGACUAGCGUUGAAUGAUGAAGAAGAUCAGCUGGAAUGGGACACAGAAGACGAGCAAGAUGCAGCGGCGUGGGAAAUACAGUCUCGAUAA